UUCACGCAUGCGCACCGCGCAUCCUUUUGGUUCCUGGUUGUUGUGCGGCCAUCGGGUCAGCGGAGGUUCUCCUGCGGUUCUCCUGCGGUUCUUUUGGUUCCAGCUCGCUUUCUGCGGUCCCGGUCGCGCUGCCUCGGUUGGACCAGCGGGGGAAAUGUCUCCGGCCUCCACCUUUCACGCUCAGCUCGCCUCCAUCAUGGAGGUCCUGGCCAACACGGCGGUGGCGGAGAUCUGCGAGCUGGUGGACAGCGGCUACGCCGUGCUGCAGCUGGAGAUCUCCCGCGGCCGCAAAGAGAACGAGGUCCUGCGGAGGAAGCUGCGGCUCCUGGAGCUCCGGGCGGCGCGCUCCGCCGCGCUCAGAGCCGCCGCUAGCGGCAGCGGCGCCGCGCUGCUCUUCGCGAGCGGCCGACCGCGCGUCCACGAGCCGCGGAGGACCGAGGCGCGCACAGCGGUUGGAGCAGAGCUGCCCCUGUCGCCCCCCCAGCAGGCGUCUCUGUGCAGAGAGACCCGUCCAGCGCCAGAAUCCGGACAGGAAGCCGCAGCUCAGGCGGCGGCUGCAGCGGAGACGACGGCGAUGACGGUGGUCAUCAAAGUGGAGGACGAAGAAGGCGAGUCCUGGUCUGACCCACACGGCCGGUUCUGUGGCGUUUCUGAGGAGCACGCUGAGACCGGAGCUCCGUCCUCGCUCGUCAAGCAGGAAGCGGCCGAUAAAGGAGAAGAAGACGGCUGCGUCUCAUGGACGAGCUCCGGCUCCGGCCAGCGAGCCCUGAGCGCCAAUCAGGGGCCAGAGAGCGGCAGCUACGACCCCCUGAUGCUGCAGCACGCGACCCGCAACCCGGCAGCGGCAGCAGAACCCGGCAGCUCCUCCGGUUUGGUGCCCAGCAGGAAUGUCUGUGCCGAUCCGGGGAGCGGUUCUGGUUUCGGCCACAGCGAGGCGGACCAGCGGCGGCAGCAGGGGGCGCCACAGAGUCAGGCCGCGGGAGCGCAGGGCAUCAUCAGGAGGGACGAGUGGCAGCGCCAGAGCCGGGUCGGCGGCGGCGACGACGACCCCAGAGGGCGGACGUUCGUGUGUAGCUUCUGCGGGAAGACGCUGGCCUGCCUGAAGAACCUGACCACCCACCUGAGGGUCCACACGGGCGAGAAGCCCUACGUCUGCGCCCUCUGCGGGAAACGCUUCUCCGACUCCAGCAACCUGAAGCGGCACCAGAGCGUCCACACCGGCGAGAAGCGCUACGGCUGCGUUCACUGCGGGAAGCGCUUCGCCCAGUCCGGCUCGCUGAAGGUCCACAUGAGCGUGCACACCGACUGCAGGCAGUUCAGGUGCUCCUCCUGCGGGAAGACCUUCACGUCCGGCGGACACCUGAGGAGACACGUCGCCACGCACGCCGGAGAGAAACGAUUGGCCGCAGCGUCGCCGUGACGACGUCUACCCAGAGCCGGCCCAGACGCAGCGCAUCAGACGAGAACUUAGUACCCGACCUUCACCAGACGCUGCAUCCCUGAGCCGGUUGAAGUUUCAAAGCAGUCCUCGGUUCUCUGUGGUACCGCCUGUGGACUAGUGGGUCUGAGCAGCGGUUCUCCGGGCCUCAGAGCAGGAAGAACCCAGACCCAAAGCCCGCUCACAGAAUCAAAGAAUGAUCUGGAAGGGGCUGAACUCAGGGGAGCGGGUUGGCUGGCCCAUCUGUCUGGAAGCCCCGCCCCCAUCUUUAUGUAAGCCCCGCCCCCAGUGUUAUAUAAGCUCCGCCCACGUUUGUAUGUAAGCCCCGCUCACAUGUGUCUGUAAGCCCCGCCCCUAGUGUUCUAUAAGCCCCGCCCACGUUUGUAUGUAAGCCCUGCCCACAUCUAUAUGUAAGCUCCGCCCACAUUUUAUCUGUAAGUCCCGCCCCGUCCGUCUGUAGGCCCCACCUCCAAUCUGAAUGUAAGCCCCGCCCCCAUCUAUCAAUAAGCCCUGGUCCAUUUUAAUCACACCCUGUUUAUUUUUUCUUUUUUUUGUCUCCUCUUUGGCAUUGUAGCAUUAAAAUUGUUUUAAUGACAAAAAGAAGCGGAGCC